UUUUCGCAGUCCGACCCCUGAUCGUCCCUCUCCGUCCGCCGCUGGGUGGUGGUGGUCGUUGCAGCUCGGGUGUGCUAGGCGACUGUGCCAAUGUACCGGUACUUGUCCACUUAGACCGCCCACCGAUUGGGACCACCCCAAAGCUUUUUGUCCGGGGUGGGCUCUUGUACCUGUUGCCGUCCCCCCCUUGUGGGCUGGGCCCCUGCAUGCCACUCAGCAAUUCCCCCUCCAGUCCCCGCCCAUUCGCACACCAGCUGUGGGAAGUUCUCAGCACUGAACCCUGCCCGCGGCCCAGCGUGCUGAGGUGAACUUUUGGAGCUCCCCGACCUUGUCCUCCCUCCACGCCCGCGCCCGCUUUCAAGUCCACCCCCCAAAUCCAGCUCAGCCGAGCCCGGUCUUCGUCCUUGAAUUUUUUGAACAGGCACACUUGCAACCUUGAGCAAACAAUUCGGUCCUCUCAAGACUCAAUCAACGGAGACACUCAUCUCGUCGCCAUACACCUUCCUGCCACAGUUCCUCAAGCUGUGCCAUCUCGACUUCAAUUGAAAUCCAGAGCGGGUUCCCGAUUCACAAGCUCUUUGUUGACCUUGCGACUGUGGAUUUCGACGGUCCAUAGGGGAAAGACUCACUUCACAACACCACAACUACAUACCUUGAUCUCGCGUCAAAAUGUCCGCAAAGUCCAUCACCGAGGCCGAUGGCAAGGCCAUCCUCAACUACCACCUCACCCGCGCCCCCGUCAUCAAGCCCUCUCCUCUGCCGCAGCCAACCAAGCACAACGCUCCCCCAAGGCUCGCCUCUCUGUACUUCCCAGAGGACGCGGCCGUCGAGGAUGUCCUGAACCAGGCCGAGGUCACCUACCCAUGGCUGCUCCAGGACGGCGCCAAGUUCGUCGCGAAGCCUGACCAGCUGAUCAAGAGGCGAGGCAAGAGCGGUCUCCUGGCCCUGAACAAGACCUGGGCCGAGGCCAAGGCCUGGGUUGCUGAGCGCGCCGGCAAGGUCCAGAAGGUCGAGCACGUCGAGGGUGUCCUGCGUCAGUUCCUCGUCGAGCCUUUCGUCCCUCACCCUGAGGGCACUGAGUACUACAUCAACAUCAACUCAGUCCGAGAUGGCGACUGGAUCCUCUUCACACACGAGGGUGGUGUCGAUGUCGGUGAUGUCGAUGCCAAGGCCAAGAAGCUUCUGAUUCCCGUCGACCUCUCCCAGUACCCAUCCAACGAGGAGAUCGCCAGCGUUCUGCUCGCCGACGUCCCCAAGGGUGUUCACAAUGUCCUGGUUGACUUCAUCACACGGUUGUACGCCGUGUACGUCGACUGCCAGUUCACCUACCUUGAGAUCAACCCCCUCGUUGUCAUCCCCAACGAGGAUGCCACAUCCGCCUCGGUUCACUUCCUGGACCUGGCUGCCAAGCUGGACCAGACCGCAGACUUCGAGUGUGGUGUCAAGUGGGCCAUCGCCCGGUCACCUGCCGCCCUGGGCCUGACCAACGUUGCGUCCAAGAACGGUGCCGUCAACGUCGAUGCCGGACCACCAAUGGAGUUCCCUGCUCCCUUCGGCCGUGAGCUGUCCAAGGAGGAGGCUUACAUUGCUGAGCUGGACGCCAAGACCGGUGCUUCGCUGAAGCUGACCGUCCUGAACCCCAACGGGCGUAUCUGGACCCUGGUCGCUGGUGGUGGUGCUUCCGUCGUGUACGCCGAUGCCAUUGCUUCUGCUGGCUUCGCCGACGAGCUCGCCAACUACGGUGAGUACUCUGGUGCGCCCACCGAGUCGCAGACCUUCCACUACGCCCGCACCGUCCUGGACCUGAUGCUGCGCGCACCAGUGUCCGAGCAGGGCAAGGUGCUGUUCAUCGGAGGUGGUAUCGCCAACUUCACCAACGUCGCUUCCACCUUCAAGGGUGUCAUCCGCGCCCUGAGGGAAUACGCCAACUCCCUCAAGGAGCACAACGUCAAGAUCUGGGUCCGUCGUGCCGGUCCCAACUGGCAGGAGGGUCUGAAGAACAUGAAGUCGGCCACCCAGGAGCUUGGCCUGGACUCGCACAUCUUCGGCCCCGACAUGCACGUCUCCGGCAUCGUGCCCCUGGCGCUGGUCGACGGCGAGUGGGAGAAGUCCAAGGUACAGGAGUACCAGGGUUAAAAAUGUCGCAGCACAUGGGUGUGGUGGGUGUUUUUUCUUAGAGAGAGAUGGAUGAGCUUGGGAGGACUGCCUUAUAGAACGUGCAUUCCAUAUCCUCUCAUGUAUUACGAGGCUGCUUUUAUGAUAUCAAAGGCGGCGAUAUGAGGAUGGGGGUUGUAACGAAAGCGGAAAACUAUAACCUAACUACAUUAGAGCUUCUUCCGUAAUGUGACAGAUGUUUGG